UUCACAUAACAAAAUAGGAUUAUCAUGUAUUUCUUUCCCAUUACAGGAAUGUGGAAAGGAAAAUGCAGGAGCAUCUGGAAAGUGAGAGGCAGCUACUAGCCAUACAGAAGAAGUUGAAGUCGGCUACGGAGGAGGCACAGAAAUACAAGGGAAGAAUGGGAGAACUGGAGGAAGAUCUGCGGCAGUCAGAGCGCACUUUCAUACGCCAGAGCAUCCUUCAUGAGAAGCAGGCUCACGACUACUGGCUCAGAGCAUGUGCCCUUGAGAGAGAGCUGAUUCAGAAGACUACCAAAAAUCAAGAAUUGAGACAAAGGUUAAUAUGGCCCACUCCUCUCCAAGAAUCACCCCUCAUGGACCACCACAUGAGAGGCCCUUGCUCACCAAUGCCAAGAUCUGGGCUGCCUCCUCCAACCUGGUGGCUCCACGGGCCUCGGCUGCGACCUCCACCUCCACCUCCAUCUGGAUGUGUAACUCCACCUCCACAUCCAACUGGGCUGCCACCUCCAACCUCAAUUCCACCUGGACCUCCACAUUCAACUAGACAUCCUCCUUGUGGACAACGAACUGGACCUCCGCAUUCAACUAGACAUCCUCCUUGUGGACAACGAACUGGACCUCCACAUUCAACUAGACAUCCUCCUUGUGGACAACGAACUGGACAUCCGCCUACACCUGCAUCUCUUCCAUUUGGUAUAAACUCCCCAACA